AUGUAUAAUGUCCCAUGCCCCGUUUAUGCUUAUGUCCCUGCCUUUUAUGACCCUUCCAUGGUCCUAGAUUCCUCUUCGGGGUAUCGAGGACCAGUUCCGAUUGUUUUGCCUCAGGCAAAUUUGGUCGCGGAGGCUGGUUUGGCCUCAAAUUUGAUUUUAGGCGGGAUUGGACGGGUCCAAAGUGGCAGGAUCCAGAAGAAGGAGAAGAAGUUCGCCCGAACCAAGUGGUCGGCGGCCCAGGAGAAGACGCUGGCCGAGGCGUUCGCGGAGAGUCAAGACAUUGGCUCGCGAAUGUCGGAGCUGGUGGACUCAACUGGGCUGCCGGAGAAGACCAUCAAGGUCUACUUCGCCAACCACCGGGCGCGAUGUAAGAAGAGCCAGAAGGAGGAGAAGCCACGCAAGCCAGGGCGCCCACGUAAGUUGACGGAGGUAAGUGAGGGAUACGGGAGUUUAGAGGGCUCCCCCGACUUUGCAGGUGGCUUGGAGCAAGUGCAAUAUAUGAACCAUGGAUAUUCAAGUCAAAACUUGAAUAUCCAUGGUCAAUAUAAUACACCUGUUCAAAACCAGGCUCAAUUCGCCUCGGGCAAUUAUUACUGCCAACCACAAAAUGGUUACAGUAAUCCGGUGGAAUUUGCGGAGUACAGUGACCCAUCAGCGAAUUAUUAUCCGCAGAUGGCCUACUGUACUCCACAAAUCCCGCAGGAGUACUGCAACAAUUUUGUGACUGGAGAUAAUAUGCCCUCGGGGCAAAUUGAGCAAAGUCCGAGUUCGGAGGCUCCAUUGGAGCAGUCGAACAAGGACUUCCUGCAAAAUGCCAUGCAAAUUGCUGGCAUUGAAUCGGCGGAGGAGACGCAACCUGCGCCCCAGAGUUCGGAGGCGCAAACUGCGCCCGAGGACAAUUGGGACGAGGUUUUAGAAGGGUUUGAAAAUUAUUGA